UUACUAGCGUCGGUUGAUGUUAUAUGUGUCUUAUUUUUCAAUAUCUGUAUAAACUGUUAUACUUUUUUUUUACUAAGCAUUUCAUCAUACAUAAAUAUAUUGGUAUAAUUGUAAUUUUCCAAAAUGUUUAACGAUAAUAACUAUAGUACGAAACUAUUUUAUUCUGUUAAUUUGUUUACUAAAUACUAGUAGUAGUAUUACAAUUAUUAUUUACUUGUAUGUCAUUACUAAUAGUGAGUAAUACUAGAGUAGAACUAGCAGGCCAUUUUGAACCUUAAUUUUUAAAAAUGAAGCCAAGUUUGCCACGAAAAUAUUAUACACUUUAAACUUUUAGUCUUAUCAUUACACAGUCUAGGCUUCAAAUUUGUUCCAUCUCUCCUGCGAAACAAUUUUUUUCUCCUUCAGAGCCCUUGUUUGUAAGGAAACUAAUGUUAUAAUUAUAAAUACUACUAUUAGUAAUGUUAGCUGGCGGUAGCCGGUUUUCAAAUUCAAGUUUAGAAGAUUGUUAUUAAUGUUAAUUAUUACUAUUCAUUCGGUAACCGAUAUUUUAAAAUUAAUUUAAUUUCACGGUUUGAAGAUUUUUUGUGUUUUAAAUUCACGAUGCGUGUUCCUGACGUUUUAUUUUCUUUGGCCUUCACCUGUUUCUCAAUCACUUUGGUGUGUGCAGAAGAAGGACACUGUGUUUGGUAUGGAACGUGUGGACAAAAUGAAUUUGGACAAGAUCUUCCAUGUCGUUAUGAUGGACCUCCUAAGCCACUGAGUGACAAUGAGACAGUUGCUGCUUUAAAGAAAAUCUGUCCUGAAUUAGUCCCAGAUGGAGAAGAUGAGCCAUUUGUUUGUUGUAACAAAAAUCAGAUCGAAAACCUCAUUUUGAACAUGAGGACCCCUGAGACCCUUGGCUUUGGUAGAUGCCCAUCAUGCAUGAGGAAUUUUCAAAAGAACUUUUGUCAGUCAACCUGCUCACCACAACAGAACAUGUUUUUGAAAGUGAUCAGUUCUGUGAAAGAUGAUGAAAAGGGAGAGAGAGUAACUGGUCUUCAGUAUUUCAUGUCCAAGAGGUUUGCUGAUGGGCUUUUCACAUCAUGUAAAGAUGUACAAGGCCUCACCCCAGGAUCCCCAUUGUUAGAGUUGAUGUGUGGCAUUUGGGGAUCGGAGUGCACUGCUCAACGAUGGUUAGACUUCAUGGGGACAACACCUUCUGCAGGAGGGUUUUCUCCAUUUCAGAUUCUGUUUAACAUAACAGAGGAGUCUACUAUUAACCUGGAUGGUCAAACUUUCAAACCUAUGAGUGAGCCCACGUUAAAAUGUUCUGAAGCUGCAUAUUUGGGUGGUUAUGCUUGUUCAUGCCGAGACUGUAAAGAUUCUUGCUCCGUAGAAACAUUAACAUUUACAGUCCCUGAAGAGAAGGAACCUUGGCAGAUAGGUGAACAAGAUGGAAUGGUUGUUCUGAUGAGCAUAGUUUUUGCUGUUUUAGCCCUGGUCAUCACUGUUGGAUAUGUUUGCACAUGCACCAAGGAGCAAGACAUUUUACGUGGUAUUCAGGAAAUGACUACUGUACACACUCCCCGAAGACUUGCUAAUUUAAAUCCUCAUGGUAUUACAGCAACAGGUGUGGAUCUGGGCUCUCUUGAAGAAGUGGAACCUCUCAGAUCAAAACGAUCAAAUUCAUCACAGCAUCAGUCAGUUGAUAAGGGUAUUUCAGCAUCAUCCACAAUGAAUAGUAUCAGUGAAGGUGAGAUACAAGAGGAAAAAAAAAAUGGCAGCACUCUCAAGACCCAGAUCCUUGAUGAUAUAUCUUGUUUUGAAAAACUUGGAGCAAGCACAGAACGUAUCUUAGAAUCUUUGUUUUGUACCUGGGGAAUAUUUGUUGCCAAUCGCCCUAUACCAGUUACAAUUUUGGCCCUGUUGAUGAGUUUACUACUUGGUUUGGGGUUAGUUUUCAAAUUUAAAGUAACCACUGAUCCUGUUGACUUGUGGGUAUCCCAUACUAGUCAGGCACGACAAGACAUGGAAUACUUCAACCAGCGCUUUGGCCCUUUCUAUCGAGUAGAACAGAUCAUCAUAACUCCAACAAACAACAAAUCUUUUGUAGCAGAAGUGGACAAGGAUGGCCUUGCUAACUAUACCUGGGGUCCUGUAUUUAGGAAGGAGUUCCUUCUUGAAGUUCUAGACCUACAAAGAAAAAUAGAAAGUCUGGUGGUCAGAAAAGAGAACAACAGUAUCUCCUUGCCAGACAUCUGUCUUGCUCCCUUAUCUCCAGAAAAUAAAGCGUGUGUUGUACAAAGUGUCUUUGCCUAUUUUCAUUCUUUCUUUAAUGAUGGAGAAACAUCCUUACCUGAUGAAUACCUCUUACAUAUACUGGAUUGUACUAGUAAUGGGUAUCAGUUUCAUUGUCUUGCACCAUAUGGUGGGCCUCUGAUACCUCCUGCAGUUGCUUUUGGUGGAUUUGAGAAUAAUACUUUCCACACAGCUUCAGCUCUAGUUAUUACUUUUCCUGUGAACAAUUAUAAUGAUCCAGAGAUGAACAAGAAUGCCUUAGCAUGGGAAGAACUGUUUGUUGACUUUAUGAAAAACUUCAGCAGCCCAAACAUGACUGUAGCAUUUAAAGCAGAGCGGUCCAUUGAAGAUGAACUAGAGAGGGGAAGCCAUUCAGACAUCAUAACAAUAGCCAUUAGUUAUGUUAUCAUGUUUGCGUACAUUGCCAUUGCUUUAGGAGAAGUAAAUAGCUGCAAGACUGUGCUGGUUGAUUCCAAGAUCUCCCUGGGCCUGGCUGGUGUUGUAAUUGUGUUAUUGUCAGUGGUGUCCUCUCUUGGAAUUUUCUGCUGUGUAGGAGUGCCAGCAACAUUGAUUAUUAUAGAGGUGAUACCUUUCCUUGUGUUGGCUGUGGGUGUGGACAAUAUUUUUAUUCUAGUACAAGCUUAUCAGAGAGAUGAACGACUGCCACACGAAACAAUGCAAGAAGAAAUUGGCCGUAUUGUUGGUGAAGUAGCACCCAGUAUGAUGCUAUCUAGUCUGUCUAUGUCCAGCUGCUUCUUUAUUGGAGCCCUGACUGAGAUGCCAGCUGUUAAACUGUUUGCACUAUAUGCUGGAGUGGCCCUUAUAAUCAAUUUCCUUCUUCAGAUGACUUGUUUCCUUGGACUUUUUACUCUUGAUGCCAAAAGACAAGAGAACAAUCAUUUGGAUCUAUGUUGCUGCAUCCAGGCUUCAAAGAAAAUGAAGAAAACCAAAGCUUCACACAGUCUUUUGUUCAAUUUUUGUAAAAAUAUCUAUGCUCCUUUCCUUAUGAAGAACUUUGUUCGAUUUGUGGUGCUUUUGGCUUUCUUGGCUUGGUUCUGUUCUUCAAUGGCUGUGAUAGACAAGAUUGAUAUUGGGUUUGACCAAGAUCUUUCUAUGCCAGAGGAUUCCUACAUGUUAAAUUACUUCAAGUACAUUUAUCAAUACUUAUCAGUGGGACCUCCUGUCUACUUUGUCAUCACAGAUGGUUACAAUUACUCUGAUAUAAACCACCAAAACCAACUUUGUUCAUUGCCUUCCUGUGGAAAUGACAGCUUGUUCAUGCAACUCAAGGGAGCAGCAGACAUUAGUGAAAAAACAUACAUAGCAGCAGAGCCAGCAAGUUGGUUGGAUGAUUACUUAGACUACAUGAAGAGUCUUCAGUGCUGCUUUGAACAACAGAAUAAAAGUUUCUGUCCUUCUUAUGCUGCUAACAAUGAUGAUUUAGAGUGUGAGAGUUGUGCCAAUCCUCAAACUCGCCCUGCUGGUCUAGAGUUCAACUACUAUCUGAAGUAUUUCUUGCAGGAUUUGCCUAAUGAAUUUUGUCCAAAAGCAGGCAAAGCACAAUAUGGAUCAGCUGUUCAGUUUGUUCCCAUCAACAAUAGCUCUGAGAAGGUUGGAGCCACCCAUUAUAUGACCUACCACACCAUCCUCAGAACUUCCAAGGACUUCUAUAAAGCUCUGGAGUUAUCUCGUUAUAUCUCGGAUAAACUGACAGAACAGGUCAGAAUUGACCCAACAGAUUCAAAUGUCCGUGUGUUUCCCUACAGCAUUGUCCAUGUGUUUUAUGAACAAUACCUCACUAUGUGGCCUGAUACACUGAAGAGCUUAGGGUUCUCACUGGCUGCCAUAUUUGUUGUUACUUUCCUGUUGCUUGGACUGGACUUCUUCUCAUCAGCCAUUGUUGUGAUUACCAUUGUGAUGAUCAUUAUUAACUUGAUGGGGAUGAUGUACUGGUGGAACAUUUCACUUAAUGCUGUCUCUUUAGUCAACUUGGUUGUGGCUGUUGGUAUUUCCGUGGAAUUCUGUUCUCAUCUUACACGGCUGUUUGCUAUUAGUCCUGCUGCUACACGCACCAAACGAGCACAGGAUGCACUAGAACGCAUUGGAAGCUCUAUCUUAUCAGGUAUUACUCUUACUGACUGUGGGAUCCUGGUUCUAGCCUUUGCAAAGUCUAGGAUCUUUCAAGUGUUCUAUUUUAGAAUGUAUCUUGGCAUUAUUGCAUUUGGUACCCUUCACAGUCUGAUCUUUUUACCAGUGUUUCUAAGUGUUAUUGGUCCUCCAGUUAAUAAACAAAAGAUGUAUGACCACAUUCAUCUGGAGGACCUUCCUCCUCAAGGUGGAUUUGCACACACUGAUAGCAUAAAUACGUAAAGAAAAACAACAGUCAAAGAAUAGAAAGAUGUUACUAUGAUGUCAGAAAUCGGUAACAACCAGCACUACGUAUAAUACCAGUCAGACCUGUUAUUGUUUAGAACGGUGAAAAUAAGUGGUUGUUUUAUUAUUGCAAAAUAACAUUCUAAAUAAGGAUGUAAUUUCUUCACUAGAUAUGUUGUAUUUAAUAUUCAUGAAACUAUACACUUAUUUUCUUAGAAGAAAAUUAGUUAUCUGUGAUUACUCUUGUUUAGGACCUUGCUUCACUUAUUAUUUGUAUCCUCUGCAUCAUAUUUACACAGAAUUAUGGAAAAUAUAUUUUGAUUCACAUAUAUUUAUCUUCGGCAUGUAUCACAGGCAUUGGAAACAAAUUUCAGUACACACAUGCUGUUUGUUGCAGCCUAACAGGAGUUUGCUAUUUAAUUAUUUUUUGUUAGAAAAUUUGAUUAUGUAUUAGUGCAUAUGUUUUUUUAUUUAGUUAAUUGAAUAUGUUUUGUAAAAAUGAUAAAAUGUAUAUAUUUGAUCAGAUUUUAGUCUUAGAUACUAUUAUAUUUUUAAUGUUUGUAUUAGUAAACUUAUUGUCUGUAGCAUUGACUAUUACAUGUUAAUAUACUGAAGCCGUGAAGGCUUUUCAACUAAUAAAAGCAUUAAUUAAUGUUUAAUGUUUUACAGGUUUCAAAUGUUAAAGUAAUAUAAGAAAUUUUUUCUAUACAAGUUAUUAAUUAAAGACUUCUGAAGUGUAUACACAAAUCUACACCAACAUAUGUCAUUGUUUAUGUAAUACAUGUUAGUAACAAUAUAGCUGAUAAAUUAUUCUUGCUAACUGUAAACAUUGCCUGGUUUUUCUCCUAUUGGACUACUUAUACUUGUUUUUUUGUUUUUUUUUCACAUAUAUUAAUGUUUUCUUGGCAAUCCUGCACAAUUUUACAAAAAACAAAAUACUUUCACAGAGCCGGUGUUUCUUGCUUAUAUGUAAAUAUCUGGCUUAUUCCUGAUUUUAUUACAAAAAAAAAAUAUAAGUUAUUACUUUUUUAUUAAGCAUUUCUGGAGCAUUUUGGGUGUAAUACAUAUAAAAGAUACCAAUGUUUAAUUUUGUGACAUAGUGUUAAUAUGUGUCUGACAACUGUGUGAUUGAUUUAAAAUCUGUAAUGACUGAAUAAUCAGUGUUAAUUUUUUCUGUUUAGAGAAGGUUUUCUAAAGGCCUGUCUUUACAGUCUGUGAAGUUAGUAAAUCAUUAAAUAGGUGGAAUAUGCUAGAUCUAUAUUUUUUUUUUAUCUUUCAGAAAUAAAUCAUAUUUUUCUUGCUUAUCUGCAUUAAAGGUGUUACUUUUAAGAACGAAUAACCCAACAGUUUAGGGUUAAUUUACAAUUAGUGUUAAACUUCUAGACAAUAAUGCAAACACAAGCAGUUUAUUUUUUUAUCAUGUAGCUGAUCAUGCAAAAACUGUCUGAUACAACAUUGUGUGAUACACUUGUAGAUUCACUUUUUGUGCAUAUAGAGAACUUUUCUUGAAUUGGAGAUUCUAUUUAGAAACAGUUUCGUGAAGAAAAAAAAUAAAGCCACUUUAUUAAUUUUUAUUCUUUGCUGAUAGAUAGUAAUAAAAAUGUGUGAUAAACUGUGGGGUUAUUGAAGUUUGGAAAAGUCAUUUAGUACUAUGAAUUUAAGUACCACGUAGUAAAUAACUUAAUUUCUAAAGAAUUUUAAAAUACCAUAAUUAGAAUGUAAACUAAACAACUAAAAAAAGCUGUUGGACAUUCAUUAUUUUAAUUUUGAUAAUUUUCAUUACUGCUCCUUCUAAGGAUUACCAAUCUGAACUUUCUUUAUUUCCAUUGUAGCUAUAGUCAUGUAAAAAGGUGUUAUUUUGUGAUAAUGAUGGCACUGAGAAUUAACUCUGUUUAAAUGUGUGUAAAAAAAAAAAAAUAUCUUCCCUUUGAUUCUGUAUGUAAGAUGUGUGAGAACUAUUAAAGCUUUGUUCUUUUUCAAAAUAAA